AUGCAGAUGAUGGCAAUGCAAAGCUUACGCCCGGCACCUCCAGUAGGCUCGCCCUAUCCGUACCCAUUCUCUCAUGUUCGGCGCAAUAACGUUUACUCUACCUAUUCCAUCCACACUGCACCUUCCUCCAACUACGACCCCAACCAUCCUUCAGUGAUAGAAGAGCAACUCACUCUCCAGAUGCAGAUGUACGCCUUGAAUAACCACGCAGCAUUAUCUGACUCCACGUUCUCACCAUCGUCAACGCCCUUCCCCGGAGCUGGAUACAACCCGUAG